AUGCCUAGAUUGUCACCAAAGCUCUUCAAAGAAGCUGCAGGGAUUUCCCAUUAUCUUCCCUAUCUUCUUCCAGCUUGUAGAUCAAUCACUUCUUCAGUUAACGAGCUAAACUGGAUCAAAAACGAAUUGCCAAAACACAAAUGGUUAAAGGCUUUGAAAUUAAGAAAAAAACUUGUUCCCUUACAAUAUAUUUUGGGGAAUCAACCCUUUGGUAAUAACUUAUCCAUAAAAUGCGAAAAAAAUGUCUUAAUACCCAGAAAUGACACCGAAGACUGGGUGAUCAAAUUAUCAAAUAUCUUAUCCGAAUAUUUUCAAAAUACCAAUAACAAUAAUAUUGUCAAUAAACCAUUUACCAUAUUAGACGUUUGCACAGGAUCUGGUUGUAUUCCCCUACUAUUAGGCUCAGAGAUUAGACCAUAUAAUAAACAAAUAUCUCUAAUAGGUAUCGAUAUAUCCAAUUUUGCAAUCAAUUUAGCCUUGAAAAAUUUAAAAAUCAAUCAGAAUUUUUUAAAUUUAGAUUCAAGAACUUAUUAUUUUAGUAAACAAGACUUAUUUAAUAAUAACACAUUAAAUAAUAUCAAAAACAAAAACAAUUCCAAAUCGGUUGAUUUACUUGUCUCAAAUCCCCCGUAUAUACACUCGUUAGAAUAUACUAAUAAUUUACAAAAAUCAGUUAAAUUAUAUGAGCCAAAGUUAGCUCUAUUAGGUCAUUUGGAAUUUUAUAAUCAAUUAUUAUAUAAACUAUUCCAUCCACAUUUCUUAAAUAAUUCUCCAAACGCUUUCAUAUUCGAACUUGGCAACGAUCAACAAGUUCAAUUCACUAAAAAUUUACUUCAAAAACUUGAUAAAUCAAAUCAAUGGAAUUGUGGGUUAAUUUAUGACUCGAAUAAUCUAAUUAGAUGUAUUGUGGGUUGGAAAACUGAUUUAAAUAUUCUAUCAAAAAUCUGUGAUAAAUUAUUAUAA